UUCUGUCUCUCAAAGCACAUAAACAAGUUCGCUUUAUUUUUAUUUAUUUUUCUUCUUCUUCUUCUUCUUCUUCUUCUUCUUCUUCUUCGUAUAUUAUUCAUCCCCAUUUUUCUUCGGCUUUUCAAUUCUGUAUUUCUCGCCAUGAAAGCGUAGCUUUGUGUUAAACCAAGAUGGAUGUAGUUCAAAUAAAAACCCAAGAUACUUGCUGCGAAGAUAUGUCACCUGAGCUGUCUGUUUCUCCACAAAUUUCUAGUACAUGGGCUGACUUUAGAGAACCUGAGGCUCUUCCUCGAAUUGGGGACGAAUACCAGGCAAUAAUUCCCCCUCUUAUGGUCAAAUCAGAUGAUUUUGGGCUUUUGAAAAGUGAAGCUAGUGGUAUUGAUGAUGUUGAGAUUUGGAAACAGAAGCAACAUAGUGGGAAUGAUAAUAUUGCUCUGGCAUCAAACCAAAGUGAACAUGCAGCUGUGUCUGAAAUGCAGGAUGUUCCAGAAGCUCGAGAGGUUAAAUCCUCCGGUGCCAUGACAAGUAAGGAUUCGGAAUAUGCAACAAAUUUUCUGUUGCAACAAGAAAUGAAGAUGAAGAUGAAUGAGAGCAAUGCUGACAAUGACCAUUGGUUGGCUUCUGAUUCCUUGAAUGAUUCGUGGAGUGACAUAGAAAUGGCCAGUCUUCUCCUUGGAUUAUACAUUUUUGGGAAGAACCUCAUUCAGGUGAAGAAAUUUGUUGGAACUAAACAGAUGGGGGAUAUUCUUUCAUUUUAUUAUGGGAAAUUUUAUGGAUCUGACAAAUACCGUAGAUGGACGGCAUGUCGUAAAGCAAGAGGCAAGAGAUGUAUAUGUGGACAGAAGUUAUUUACUGGCUGGAGGCAACAGGAGUUGUCAUCUCGCUUGCUUUCCUCAUUAUCAGAGGAAAAGCAAAAUACCGUAGUGGAGGUUUGUAGGGGAUUUAUUGAGGGUAAAAUACUGCUGGAGGAAUAUGUAUUCUCUUUGAAAGCUACAGUUGGGUUGAAUGCCCUUGUAGAGGCCGUUGGAAUUGGUAAAGGAAAACAAGAUCUUACCAGCACCACCAUGGAUCCAAUUAAGUCUAAUCAUGCUCAUCCUGCCCGUCCGGAAAUACCAGUUGGUAAAGCAUGUUCGACACUUACACCUGUUGAAAUUGUCAAAUUUCUUACUGGAGAUUUCAGGUUGAGCAAAGCACGAUCAAGUGAUCUCUUUUGGGAAGCUGUUUGGCCUCGUUUGUUAGCAAAAGGGUGGCAUUCCGAGCAGGCUAACAGUUAUGGUAGUACUGUUGGUUUAAAGCAUGCUUUGGUCUUCCUAAUCCCUGGUGUGAAAAAAUAUUGCCGAAGAAAACAAGUUAAGGGAGAACAUUACUUUGAUUCAGUCAGUGAUGUCCUAAAUAAGGUUGCUUCAGACCCUGGGCUUCUUGAACUUGACAAUGUUGUAGAAAAACAGUACACUGACAAGGAAGAGCGCGAGUUGAGUGGCAAAACAAAACAGGACCAGGAGGAUUUUCCUAGUCAGCAACGUUAUUGCUAUCUUAAGCCCCGAACUCCCGUUCAUAGUACGGAUAUGAUGAAAUUCAUGGUUGUUGAUACAAGUUUGGCUGAUGGAAGCACAUUCAAGAUCCGUGAACUGCAAAGUUUGCCGGUUGAGAGUACAAAUACAUAUUUUUCCAAAAGUCAUUCCGAAGAUGAUGAACAAAUUUCUUCAGAGAUUUCAAUGGAUGAUACUCAUUCUGAUAAUACUAUGCAUUUUGAUAAGGAAGUAAGUGACACUUCCAAAGGCACAAGAAUCAGCUUGGACAAAAAAGUUUAUAUUGACGAGGAAACUUGUGUAGGUAAUGCUUCAAAUAAAGAGUCUUCAAAUGAUGGCCUAGAUGGCCUACAUUCUACUAAUAUAAGCAUGGAAGUUCAGGAGGAUAAACAAUCUUUAUUGGACAACACACAACAAAGUGAGACUGUUCUGGACCAAAUAAGCGAGGGAAAACCCAAAUCUGAAAUUGACUUCACCGAUUAUACCAAACCAAGUUGGGAAUUAAACACUUGCACUGAACAAGUAAGCUGCAAUGUAAUUAAAAUCUUCACGGAUCCUGAACUAAAAGAGGAGCACAGUUCAUCCGAUCAUUAUGAUUUAAACCAUAAUAUUCUUCUUCAAGUUGAUUCGUCCAAGGAGAAUUUGCCUUGGUCUUCUUUAUCCAGGGGCAGUACAAUUACUAGUUGUGGUGAUGUUCCUAAUGUUGUUGAAGUUCCACAAAAUAUACAUGUACCUCAUACUUUUAUUGACCUUAAUUUGCCUAUUCCUCAAGAUUCCGACAGCCAUGGAAGCUCCACCACGGAAACAAAAGGACAGAAAAAUAUACCAAACAAGUGUUCUGAAAGCCUCGACAUCUCAGAUCGUGACUCCACCAUGAUUUCUCGUAGACAAAGUAAUCGAAACCGACCUCCAACAACUAGAGCUCUGGAAGCUCACGCUUUAGGACUAUUGGAUGUAAAACAGAAGCGGAAGAGUAAGGACGUCUUUCUAGAGGAGAAUUGUAUGUUGCGACCUUCCCAGCAUGCUCAUUCAAAGGCGAGACACACGGAUAAAUUUGGGAAUGGCAUUGUGGAUUUCCAACUAGAGGACAGAGAAAGUAAUGUCGGCAAUGACAAUGGUAACAUGUUCCAUAAGCUGGAAGUUUAACUUGACAUUGAAAUCUCCAUGACCUGGUUUCCUAAACUCUAAAGGUGCCUUAAUGUGAACUUUCGCACGAGAACGAAGGCUACUUUGUAAUCAUACACCAUCCUUCCGAAACUAAUCUUUCGAAGUGUUAUGCUUGAGCAGAAUCUCUGAUGAUCGCGGUCUUUUCUCAUCCUCCACAUUCAAGCAGUGUGCUUCACUUCAUAACUGUAGCAGUUCUCUGUGGAAAUUCAGAAACUAAGUUCCUUUACCCUGUGAACCUUGAAUUAGUUGCUUCUCUUAAAUCAUUUUUUGCUGCUGAGUUCGAUUACUCGUCGAUGUUUCUCUUCGUUCGUUCAAAUCUUGGACUCUCCUUGUGUUUUGCACCUGUACAGUGUCCAGUGGUGAUAGUAAAACUUGUCACUAUGAGUUAUGACUUCAUCUUCCCAUCCACAGAAAGAUGGCUGAGCCUUGUGCUAUGCUCCAUCAGCCCGUCUAUGGCGAAUGUAAAUACACACAAAGGUCAGAAUCCAUAGCAGAAGGUUGCCGUAUCUGUUCUUUUUCACUGCAUACAGAUCAAACGGGUAAUAUUAGUGUAUUUAUUUGUCUUUGAAAAACGAAAGAUUAGACAAAGAAACAAAAGUAUAUGUGGAUUAACUUAAAACGCAAUUACUGAUGUGUUAAACUGUUA